AGCGAAAAACAUUAAAGAAAAUCGAAAUCAAGUGCGUAAAUAAACAGAAAAUACAGGCAGGACGCGUAAAUAGCGUAACUUAGCAACCGUUAAGGCUUGCAAGGUGCCGGCUGCCUAAGCAAUCGGCUCCGAGCACAAGUAGCCUGCUUAUUGUUUGUGCUUGUGCGUAUGUAUAUAUAUAUAUACAUAUAUAUGUAUGCGUGUGUGUUGUAUAUGUGCGCUAGUAUUGAAACAAUAACAAGCCCAGCAAAAUGCCAAUGAAUUAUAACGGAGCAGCGUUCAAUGCGGCCGCUGCCUUUGUGCUGCUGCAGCAGCAGAAGCAGCGAUGAUUCAUAGCCCGCAAUAAUUGUUACAACAACAAUAACAACGGCCGUGCCUUAAUAUCGAACGUAGAGCAAUAAAACAUAAAAAACACACGAAACGGUAAAAUGCCGCUGCUGUCCAAAUGCUUCCCUUGUUUCAAAUUCAAACGUGAAGAGGUCAUCGACAAGCUGGACUAUAGCAACACACCACUCCAGGAUGCCUUUCCCGAGGUGUGGCAACACGAACGUACCCUCGAGGAACUGCACCUGAGCAAUGCGCGGCUGCAAACAUUACCACCACAGCUGUUUUACUGCCAAGGACUACGAGUCCUUCAAGUGAACAGCAACAAUUUGGAGAGCAUACCGCAGGCAAUUGGUUCACUGCGUCAAUUGCAGCAUUUGGAUCUGAAUCGCAAUCUUAUUGUAAAUGUGCCGGAAGAGAUAAAGGCGUGCAAACACCUGACCCACUUGGAUCUCAGCUGCAACAGCCUCCAGCGUCUGCCGGAUGCGAUAACAUCGCUGAUAUCGCUGCAAGAGCUGCUGUUAAAUGAAACAUACCUGGAGUUCUUGCCCGCCAAUUUCGGACGUCUCGUCAACUUGCGAAUUUUGGAAGUGCGGCUCAACAAUCUCAUCACUUUGCCCAAGUCAAUGGUCCGUUUGGUUAGUCUGCAGCGACUUGAUAUUGGCGGCAAUGAGUUCACCGAACUGCCAGAGGUCGUUGGAGAACUAAAGUCACUGCGCGAGCUAUGGAUUGAUUUUAAUCAAAUUCGUCGUGUUGCUCCCAAUAUUGGCAAAUUGCGAGAUCUACAGCACUUUGAAGCUAAUGGUAAUUUGUUGGAUACACUUCCAAACGAACUGAGCAACUGGCGUAAUGUUGAAGUACUGUCUGUGUGCUCCAAUAAUCUGGAAGCUUUUCCCUUUAGCGUGGGUAUGCUUAAGUCGCUAGUCACCUUUAAAUGUGAGUCGAACGGCCUCAGUGAACUGCCCGAUAGCAUAAGCUAUCUGGAGCAACUGGAGGAACUGGUGCUAAGCCACAAUAAACUGAUGCGUCUACCCAGCACUAUUGGUUCGCUGACCAAGCUGCGGUUCCUCUUCGCCGAUGACAAUCAGCUGCGCCAGCUGCCUGACGAGCUCUGCAGUUGCAAUCAACUGAGUGUUUUAAGCGUGGCCAACAAUCAGUUAUCUGCGUUGCCCCAAAAUAUCGGCCAUUUGGCUAAGUUAAAGGUGCUAAAUGUAGUUAAUAACUACAUCAAUGCGCUGCCUGUUUCUAUGCUCAGUCUUGUUAAUCUCACGUCUUUGUGGCUUAGCGACAAUCAGUCACAGCCGUUGGUGCCACUUCAGUAUUUGGAUGCGAGCAGCAAAACGCAGCUCACGUGUUUUAUGUUGCCACAGGUGACCUUUAAAAUGCAGGCUCAACAGCAGCAGCAAGUCCAGGAUCAGUAUGAAUUUGUCUACGCGAAUCAUCAGCAACAUCCACAGCAGCCGUCGAGCCCAUCACGACGUAUCUGUUUCGCCGAAGAGGCGACAAUCUUAAGUGCGGGCAGCACCAAUAGCAAUACCAAUGCGAACACCAGCAGUGCACCACAACCCGCGCCCAGCUACCCCGCCAGCUAUGUAACGGCUCCGCCCACUCCGGAACAGUUGCCUGCUGGCAGCUCGGUGCGUCUGAUGCGUUCACCCACGCCAUACCCCAAGGAGCUUCGUCAAAUGGCCAAAUAUAUGAGACAGGCGCAGGCGGCGAACGCGGCGGCGGCGUCAGCAUCUAGUGAGGUGCGCGAAGCGCGUGUCGUGGUGCCCAAUGGCCAAGUGGCCAUGCCACACUGUGAUAGCAAUCAGGACGCUGUGGACCACACAGCAAGUGCAAUAUAUGGUGUUGCGCCCGAGGCGGCCCACAUUUAUGGUGUCUACCAACCAGCGCAGCAACAGACUCCACAAGAAUAUUAUGGUAUGCCGCUGGUUAACUACGAUGCGCACUACCAACAGCUCUAUGUAGAUGCAAACACUUUGCCGCUGCCAACGACGCAUUUGUCGAAUGGCACAGAGGAGAACUAUGAGCUGCAGCCGCUGCAACAACCACCGGCGGCGCCUCCACCACGCAUGGAACCGCCGCCUUAUCAUAUAGCGCGGGUGUAUACAAAGAAGACGCCUGAAGAUCUCACGCUCUACGAGUCAAUGCGACAGCGCAAACAUCAACAACAGCAGCAACAGCAACAACAGCAACAGCAGCAACAACAACAACAAAUGUCGCCAACACAACCGCUCUACGAGCAGAGCAACCAGAGCUACCAAGAUGCACUGAAUAGCAACUUCAAGACGACGGCAAUUGGUGCGCAAUCUGAAGAGCUGGACUACCAAAACAAUAUUAACAUUGAGCAGCUGGAACUGCAGACGCAGGAAGAACAGCAGGACGUUGAUGAACAGCAGCUGCAAGAAAUGGAUGAUACGUUAUCGCAGCACUCAAUAAACUCCACGGCCACCAACAACACGUCCAGAGGUAAAAAGUCAACCUGGAUAUUUGGUGUACACAAGAAUCCGACUGUUAAGCAAGUGACUCUUAAAUGGGAGCACAGCAUUGGCUUCGACGUUGCCGAACUGAUUAAUCAGGUGGGUAUCUUUGUUAGCGCUAUAACGCCAAAUUCAAGCGCUGCGCGGCUGCUGAGCAUAAACGAUAAACUGCUGGAGAUCGACGGCUAUGACCUGACCAAUGCCAAUCUGAGCGAUGCCAAACGUGUCCUGCAUAAUUGCGGCACAGUUAUUAACAUAAUGCUGUCACGCAAGUGACCGCCCCUUCCAUGCCCCACUCCCCCCACGCCUCUAUAUACCGAGACCGAAGACUUUUGCGCAUUUUUCUAAAGCAAUAUGAAAUACGCUAAAAUAAUUUAGCGAACCAUAAUUAUUAACAAAUGCAUUUCCAAGCCAUAAACGUCCUUUGCACUGGCGCCUUAAACUUAUAAUAAUUAGUGUCGCAGACGAAAUAACAUAACCAGCUUCCACUUGAUGCAUUUCAUUUAGUUAGAUACAAUUUCAAAUGCCAUUUAAGAUACGCAGUAAAACGCGAUGUAUGUGUCUCUCUCACUUAUGAGUUCUUAAAAAAUUGUAUUUGUAUUGUAUUUUCUUUCACUUAUGAUCAUGUGCGAAAAAGUGGUAUAUUUUAAGUAUUCGAACUGUAAGUUAAUUGUAUUUCACUUUCUCGCCUCCGAAACUGUUUUCAAACAUGUUACU